AUGUUUAUUUAUAAAGAAACAUGCAAAACAAUACAAUCUGCGGUUGAGCUAGACAUUGGACAGAAAAAUGAGUUUAUUAUCGGCACACACCAAAGGAAUCAAACACCCGCCGAAACACCACAACAAGUGAUCGAAAGUUCCGAUGCCGCUAACCAAGAAAAUGGACCUGGUGUGGUGAACUCCCCGAGGACCUCCAAUCUAUCGGAUUCGGGACUAAAUUUGACCGAAUUAAUCGGCAAGCUGAAGGCAUUCCGAGGCAGCAAAGUGCAGCGUAUUCAACUUUAUGAGCCUGACAUCCUCCAUUUAUGCUUCCAGGCGAGGGAGAUCUUCAUGCAGGAAUCUAUGCUGCUCGAGUUGUCAGCCCCUUUGAGAGUUGUGGGAGACAUUCAUGGGCAGUUCAAUGAUUUGCUGAGGAUAAUGGAGCAUGCCGGGUAUCCGCCCAAUGUGAACUAUUUAUUCCUGGGCGACUAUGUGGAUCGGGGCAAGAACUCAGUGGAGACGAUAACACUUCUACUGGCGCUUAAGGUAAAAUAUCCGCAGCAUGUGUAUCUACUACGUGGCAACCAUGAGUCGCAGUCGAUAAAUCGCGUCUACGGCUUCUUCGAUGAAUGCAAGCGACGUUACACGAUCAAGCUGUGGAAGACAUUUGUCGACUGUUAUAAUUGCAUGCCGGUAGCAGCUACUGUGGCCAAACGAAUCUUCUGCUGUCACGGCGGUCUGAGCCAGAAGCUGAAGGAUUUGAAUGACAUCAGGAUAUUGCCUCGACCCACCGAUGUGCCCGAUGAGGGGCUGCUGUGCGAUCUAUUGUGGAGUGAUCCCGAUCGAUUUGGCUUCGGCUUUUCGCCGAGUGAUCGUGGCGUUAGUUUUCUAUAUGGUCGAGAUGUGCUUGAGAGGUUCCUGCGUAAGUAUGACUUUGAUUUGCUGUGUCGGGCCCAUCAGGUGGUUGAGGAUGGCUACGAGUUCUUUGCCAAACGCCAGCUGGUCACAAUCUUCUCCGCACCCAAUUACUGUGGCCUCUAUGACAACGCGGGUGCCUCCAUGGCCAUUGACAAGGAUUUGGUGAUUACGUUCGAUGUGCUACGUCCAUCAGACACUCGAAAGGUUCGAAUGCGCACCAGUCACUCCAAAUCGAGUUCAAAUUCAAACGCGAACAUAAAUCCAAAUUCGAAUUGAGACU